UUUCGAUAAGUUGUUCGUGACACAUAAGAGUGAUAGUUUUGUGUUUCGUCUUCGUCGCAAAGACGUUUUACUUGUAUUCCGUGUUGAAUGUAUUUCUGAAGUUGGAAAUCUACAUUGAAUGUCAAAAAAAUGAACAUCGCUGGUAACUUUGAUCGAGACAAGGAAAGGGCACUGACAGGUGUAGAUUUGAGCAGAAAAGGAUCGAUUGACGCUAGAAUCCAAUCGUUAGUCUCAGUCUUGAAUGCAUCAACCGAUUUCUUCACAACGAGUUCAUGUUCUGGAAGAAUAAUUAUUUUUGGUGAUAAUAAAGAAGGAAGUAAGUCUGUGAAAAAGAAAGGUUGUCAGUGGUUGUACACAACACAUGAUGAAGCAGUAUAUAAUGCAGCUUUGGAGAGCCUUCAGAACUUGACAGGCGAUUCAGUGUUGAAGUUUGAACCAUUUGUGUUACAUGUCCAAUGCAGAUCUCUUAGUAAUGCUCAGUCAAUGCUAAGUUGUGCAGUGGCAUCGGGAUUCAGGAACUCUGGUAUAAGUAUUGGAAACAAAGGAAAGAUAAUUGUGGCUGUGAGAAGUACACAUGGACUUGAAGUUCCUCUCUCUCAAGAUGGAGAACUACUCGUUACAAAUAAGUACAUAGAAAAACUCAUUGAAAUCGCCAACACAAAGAUCCAAGAAAAUUUCUUAAGAAUAGACAGAUUCUACCAGAAUGUCAUUUCACUGAUAGAAACAUUAAAACAUGAUCAUAUUAGUGCAAACGUUGUAAAUAAACCAAAUAUGAUCAAAAAGAAAAGAAAGAAGUGUGAGAAAAUGGAAAGCAGACAAAGUGAUGAAAAGGAAAAAGUUUUUUCGGUAAAGGAAAAUUCACAAUCUGAAGAGUCAAGUGAAAAUAUCUGUGAAGAUUUGUCAAAAUGUUCACUCUUUGAAAGUGUGACCUGAGGGAACAAAAAGUUGCAAUAAAUAUUAGUAAGUAUUGCAAAUCUUCUUAACAGAGGCUUCAG